CAUUCGCAGAGAAUCUAUUAUUAGAUUAAGAAAUAAAAUGGAGAACGCCGGGAAUUGGGAGCAGAAACCUUUGUUUAAUGAGCUAACGCAGGGGAGGGAGCUUGUGAAGCAGCUCCAGGUGCAUCUUGAUCCAUCCUAUUCUGAAGAGACUCGCAAUAUGUUGGUGGAGAAGAUACUUUCUUCCUUCGAUAAGGCUCUUUCCAUGGUGAAAUGGGUCAGUUCAGUUGGGGAGGUUCGUCCCACAGGAGCCACCCCUGUCAUGUCUGACUCCCCCCGCUCCGACAGUGGAAGCCCCCAUAGCGAGGACUCAGACCGCAGAGACAUCUAUAAGAAAAGAAAGACGUUACCCAGAUGGACAGAACAAAUACGCGUUAGUUCAGGGACUGGGCUCGAAGGACCCCUCGAUGAUGGCUAUAGCUGGAGGAAAUAUGGCCAGAAGGAUAUCCUUGGAGCAAAAUACCCAAGAGGCUAUUACAGAUGUACUCAUCGUAAUGUUCAAGGUUGUUUGGCUACAAAGCAAGUGCAAAGAUCCGAUGAAGACCCCUCGAUCUUCGAUGUCACAUACCGAGGAAGACACACCUGCAUCCAGGCAUCCCAUAUAAUACCUGCAAUGGGGUCAAUGGAGAGCUCAAAGCAAGGGCUCAUACAAGAUCAACUGCAUAAUCAUCAUCAUCAUCAUCUUCUUCCACAACAGAAAAAUGAAGAACAACAGAAGCAGCAGCAACAGCAAGCACAAGAGAUACUGUUCAACUUCAGAACAAGUCUCAAAGUGAGGACGAAGGAGUUGGACGCUGGGGAACAACAGCAGCAGCAGCAGCAGCUCAUGAGUUCUGCCUUCUCCUUCCCUUCUACCCCAAUUGGACCCGUGAAGACAGAGAACCACAUCUUCUCUCCACCCACAGUGGACCACUACUUCACGGGCAACCUCUCUCCUUCCUUUAUAUCCCCAGCCACAUCUGAAUCAAACUAUUUCCCAGUGUCUCCUUGCCGGGUGAACAGCUUCGGUGGUGGUGGUUGUCAGAAUUUGCAGACCUCUGAAUCCGAUUUCGCGGAAAUCAUCUCAGCUGCUACAUCAGGAACCAACUCUCCCAUUGUGGAUUUGGAUUUCCCAAUGGAAUUCGAUCCCAAUUUCCCUUUCAAUAGUCCCGACUUCUUCCCUUCAUGAAACAAAAAUCCUCAUUUUGACAAUUUAAAUCCACUCUCAACCUGUAAGAGUGUUUUAAUGGAAGUAGAAGCUUCCUCUAUUCCUGAACCAAGAGA